AUGCUGCAGACAGCUUCGAGCCGUGUUCUGCGCCAGGGCUUUGUCAUUGGCCAGGGCUUGCGUAGCCAGCCAGCAAGGUGCUACGCCAAUGUCCAGUCUGGCCAAGACACGGCUUGGUCACAGCGGGCACUUGUUGCUGUGGCAGGUGUGGGCUUGGGCUGCGCAGUGGCGUUGAACAAGGCCCCGCCCACAGUGAGGGCAGCUGAGCCACCGGGCGAGCGACGAUUGUGUGUCGUGGGCGAGGCGUUGUUCGACUUCCUGCCAGUGAGGGCUGCAGAUGGCAAACAGGCGUUUCUACCACGUCCAGGAGGUGCACCGCUGAAUGUGUGCAUAGCAGCCCAAAGGCUCGGUGCCAAAGUCAGCUUUCUGGGAGCGCUCUCCUCCGACCUGUUUGGUGAGGAGCUAUACAAGACUUUAGAUGCUGACGAUGUCGAUUUGAGCAUGGUGCAGCGUCUUCCGAAUCCAUCAACCCUGGCAUUUGUCAGCAAACCACCUGGCUCUGAUGUCCGCUAUGCGUUUUUCAAAGAGAACGCGGCAGACCGCACAUUGACUGCGAGGACUGUGGCCGAGCUUAUGGGCAAGAAGACCUUUGGAGCUGUCCAUGUCAGCAUGGGCGCGCGGAACUCACAAGCUUGCUUGUGGCAUGCUGCACUGAGAGGAAAGAUGGAAGCGGCCUUGAACAAAAAGCAGGGUGUUGCGGAAGAAUCGUGA